AUGGGAGAAGAAAGCGUCUUAGCACUUGAUGAAACACAUAAAAGACUCUCAAAAACAACGUCACCACGUGAAUUGAUGCAAUGGAUACGAUUCUCUCUUCCAUACAGUGUUGAAUUGAAUCGUGCACGCGAGAUCUACGAGGAAAGCAUACGACUCGUACAAAAACAUGUUGAAAAA